CCCUUGUUAAUUACCAGAGAAACCCACCGGGAGCUCCGUCCGGGAUUUGCUUGUCUGAAGCAGCACCAGGCUCCGGUUUCUCCUCUGUCCCUUUCACUGCAGACCAGGUGCACCGCCUGCCUCUCGGCAGGAUGGACUUGGUGGACAGCUGCCAGUUUUCGCCUUCUGAGUACUUCUACGACGGCUCCGGCAUCCCUUCCCCCGAGGGUGAGUUUGGGGAUGAGUUUGAGCCCAGAGUGGCUGCCUUCAGGGCGCACAAAGCAGAGCUGCAGGGCUCGGAUGAGGACGAACACGUGCGGGCUCCUACCGGCCACCACCAGGCUGGACACUGUCUCAUGUGGGCCUGCAAAGCCUGCAAGAGGAAGUCCACCACCAUGGAUCGGCGGAGGGCAGCCACCAUGCGCGAGCGGAGGCGCCUGAAGAAGGUCAACCAGGCCUUCGAGACGCUCAAGAGGUGCACCACUGCCAACCCCAACCAGAGGCUGCCCAAGGUGGAGAUCCUCAGGAAUGCCAUCCGCUACAUCGAGAGUCUGCAAGAGCUGCUGAGGGCACAGGUGGAGAACUACUACGGCCUGCCGGGACAGAGCUGCUCCGAGCCCACCAGCCCCACCUCCAGCUGCUCCGACGGCGUGCCUGAAUGUAACAGUCCUGUCUGGUCCAGAAAAAGCAGCAGUUUUGACAGUGUCUACUGUACUGAUGUACCAAAUGUAUAUGCUGCAGAUAAAAGUUCCUUAUCCAGCUUGGAUUGCUUAUCCAGCAUAGUGGACCGGAUCACCUCCUCAGAGCAACCAGGGUUGCCUCUCCAGGACCCAGCCUCUCUCUCCCCGAUUGCCAGUACCGAUUCACAGCCCACAACUCCAGGGGCCUCGAGUUCCAGGCUUAUCUAUCAUGUGCUAUAAACUAGACCAGUUCUGCCAGGAGGGCCUAUUACACAGAAGGAAGGAGGCCCUGAGUCCUAAACCAAGACAGCCUGUAUAUAAAAAAUUAUUUCCAGUUGUAAAUUUGUAAAUACUUUCUUGAAACUUUAUAAGAAUGUGCAUUUGACUAAAAAGUCACCCUUGCAAUUACUACUUUAUCUUUCUUCUUUGCUUUAGAAAUAUGCUUCUAUAUAAUAUUGUUUCUGAAGAUAGUCAUGAUGCUUAACUUAUAUACAUAUUUUUAUAAAUAAUACUCAUCAAAAUAUUAUCUCCAGUAUUUGGAUUUUUUUUCUUUAAAACAUUAGAGUAGCUGGGAUCAGUUAAAGGGAAUUUUAAAUAUAUUUAACUUUUGUUUUUCUCUUUAAUCCUUUAGCUGUUUUUGUAUUAAAUAAACAUAUCACAACACUGCCUAACAGUAUAUACUUCGAUCUUUUUUUAUAAUAAACACAUCUUUUUGUAAGCAAAAAAAAUAAUACUUUAUGGGUAAUUUCAAGAUAUAAGAAAUUUUGGA